AUGAGAUUUUCAGAUUGGCAUGAAGUAAAUGUCAGAGAUACGCUCAAAGACAUUGUAACGCGUGUCUCCUUGCGAGUCUUUCUGGGUCCGGAGCUAUGUCGAGAUUCGGAAUGGCUGCGAAUAAGUCGGCUCUAUCAGACACAGUCUAUGAAAGCCCUCAAGUACCUUCGGCUAUUUCCCAAGAUCCUCCGACCGAUUGUUGGCAAAUUCAGCUCAGAAUGUCGUCAACUUCGGCAAGUGCUGGCGCAGACCAGACAGCUGACAGACAAGGUGCUGCGAGAGCGGCAGGCCGCCAAGAUGCGCGGUCAUGAGGUGGAGCACAACGAUGCCCUGACAUGGGCUGAAGAGAUCGCGGAGAUGAAGGGGGUUUGUAGCGAUGCGGCGACCUGGCAGCUGGCAUUAUCUACAGUGGCGCUGCACACCAGCAGUGAUCUCAUCGGCCAGGUCGUGCUAGAUCUUUGCGAACAUCCCGAGCUCCUGAUGCCACUACGCCAGGAGAUCCAUGACAUGAUUUCGAAAGACGGCAAAGAUGUAACCAAUUGCGACUUCUCAAAGGCUGAUGUUCAGAGCUUAAGAUUGAUGGACAGUGUCCUGAAGGAGAGCCAGCGUCUGAAGCCUGUCUCUAUCAUAUCUAUGGGUCGUUGGAUCACGGAGGAGAUAACCCUUCAAGACGGCACUAUCCUUCCCAAAGACCAUGCCGUGGCCGUUUCAUGCCACUGGAUGUGGGAUCCCGACAGGUACGAGAAGCCGGAGCUGUUUGAUGGAUAUCGGUUCUACGAGAGGCAAAUUGAAAGCGAUCGGUCUGCCCAGUUCGUCAGCACGUCGCCAGAUCAUCUUGGAUUUGGACACGGGCGUCAAGCCUGCCCCGGUCGCUUUUUCGCUGCCCAUUUAGCUAAGGUCAUCCUUUGCCAUCUUUUGCAUGACUAUGACUUGAAGAAGAUUGAAGAAGGCCCGGUCAAACCGGUGAUGUAUGGAUUUGAGACGAAUGUCAACCCGUUGGCGAAAAUUGUGAUUCGUAGGAGAGGACAAAAAGUGUGA